AAGGACAGCCAUCUUUGAUGAGGGCAGAGCUCUUUUCAUUGAAGAAGGAGACUCGAGGAGGUCAGGAACGGUGGUUCUUGCCUCCUGCAGCAACAGCCUUAAAAAUAAGGUUUUCUAAUAGUGGUAGUCGCCUUAGAUAAUUGCCUCGGCUGGAGCUGGUUACACGCCACUCACGAUCCGAGGAUCCUUAAACACUGUAAAUCCCCUAAUCCCAAAACACACAACAAGCCACAAUGGCCGAAGACGCUGAUAUGCGCAAUGAGCUGGAGGAAAUGCAGAGGCGUGCAGACCAACUGGCUGAUGAGUCAUUGGAAAGCACACGCCGAAUGCUUCAGUAUGUUGAAGGGAGUAAAGAUGCUGGUAUCAGAACUUUGGUUAUGUUGGAUGAACAAGGAGAACAACUUGACCGUGUUGAAGAAGGCAUGAAUCAUAUCAACCAAGACAUGAAGGAGGCCGAGAAAAAUUUAAAAGAUUUAGGGAAAUGCUGUGGCCUUUUCAUAUGUCCUUGUAACAAGCUUAAAUCCAGUGAUGCUUACAAAAAAGCCUGGGGAAACAACCAAGAUGGAGUGGUAGCAAGUCAGCCUGCCCGUGUUGUGGAUGAACGUGAGCAAAUGGCCAUUAGUGGUGGCUUUGUCCGUAGGGUAACAAAUGAUGCUCGUGAGAAUGAAAUGGAUGAGAAUCUUGAACAAGUCAGCGGCAUUAUUGGAAACCUACGUCAUAUGGCUCUGGAUAUGGGCAAUGAGAUUGACACACAAAACCGCCAGAUUGACAGGAUCAUGGAGAAGGCUGACUCCAACAAAGCCAGGAUUGACGAGGCUAAUCAACGUGCAACAAAGAUGCUCGGCAGUGGUUAGAAGAACCAACAAAGUAUCUCUACUGCCCAAAACUGUCCCAUCAGACAGUACUUUCAUGCUUUUAUCAUGGUAUUUCCAUAAUAGGUUUGCACACAAGCACAUGUCAGCUCCCAUUGCAAAUGUUGUCCUGUGUAGUAUGUCAGCUUUCCUGAAGAAAAAUCUACUUGUAAUUAUAAUUUUUUUUCCCUAGAUAUCUUCCGUUCCAAAGGUUGUAUAUAGUGAUAUAUCUCACUAUUACAUUUUUUCCUUCCUUCCUUUUUUUUUAUGAUGUUUGCUGAAUGACAACAAUGUAAGGAAUGUUAAACGUGCUGUUGUCUUUGAACUAUACAGUAUUGUUCUCGUAAAACUGUGACAUUCCACAGAGCUACUGCCGAAUUUUUUUUUUUUUAUGUCAUAAAUGAUACUAAUACCGUUGAACUUGGCUGUCUUUGGUUUUCCAUUGCUUUCCAUGUGUUAUAAUUUCAUGAUUAGAACGUGAAACUAUAUAACUAUAAUAAGCAUUGCACCACGAGUGAUGUGAAUUAUGCAUUUAUGCAUGAAAAUAAAUAGACAUUUAGAUGCCUUUAUAAAGAUCUUUUUCAUGGCGGUAGCACAUCAAAUAAAAGCAUGCUGAGUAUUUAAACACUGUUGGGACUAUGUUAUACCAGCAAGUUUGCAGUAGUGCCACUUUUCUGUCGAUACAUCGUUAUAUUUAUACAUGAUCAUGCUUUAUAUUGUUUCGAAAAAAUAAAAUAAAAAAUAAGGACAGACUUGGCACAUGUUCCCAGCAAAAAUGUGCUUUUUUUUUUUGUAUUUAUUUAUUUUUUGAAUUUUAAUUCUUCUUUUUUUUUUCUUUUCUUUUUUUGCUGGUAAUAUAUAAAAUAUUAAACAAAAAAAAGUUGUAAUAUAAGGUUUUGGAUAAUGUUUAUGAGGAUCCUCUUUUGGAGGAAAUGACUUCAAUUUUAACCCUUUGAGAGAUAGGGGAGGCGUGCAGCGCAUUGCUUGUCAACGCAUUUCGCGCCCUCCCGGGGUCUCAAGGGGUUAAAUGGCACAAAAGAUGUGUAAUUUUUAUAUUGCUAAGUCCUGUUAACCACUUAUUCCCACGUGGUUUAUUUUCAGUAAUGUUCUCUGUUGCUUACCUAGAGCUAUGCACACCAAAUCGCUGAGAUGUUUAAGUAGAUUUAAAACAAAUACAAUAACUUAAAUGAAUGAAAUCAAGAUAAACUGUGAUAUCAAUAUAUCAUUGCAGCAUGUACUAUUAAAUUCCUUAUGUCUCCUGUCAGUUUGUGAAGUGAUUGACAUUUUGUAGCUAGUUUAAAACAAUUAAAAUUACAAAUCUGA